AUGGUAGGCGAAAGCCUUGGAAGCCUUGCGCUUUGUCUUGGCAGCUUUGCGGCUGGCUGUUGUUCUGCCAAUUUCUUUGGCAAACCAUGUGAAAGCAAGAAGCGAAGCGGUGCAACAUCGGCUGCCAGAAAGGGCCGGGUGCUGCGCAGCAACGGUAACUCCCCAGUCCGAAGCAAUUCCUUCACGACUGGCACUGAGCUGACCCGGUCGUUCUCUGACAAGCUGGUGGUGAAUGUUCGGACGGCCGUAUCGAGAAUUCUUUCCAAUGGCCUCACCAUCCCCCACACUCCGUCGGUCAGGAGCUCCAUGCAUCUCCGCAAGGAGAACUGGCGCGGCCGAAUCUGGUCUCUUCGCUUGGGGGCUGGUGGGUCAACAUCGGUGGAGGGCACAUUCAACGACGAUGGUGUGCAUUGGAUUGUGACAAUCAAGGAACGAGGUCCUGGUGUGGACGUCAAGGCUGUCUUGCUCACCGACGACGGCUCGCAUGAGUUGGAGCACGACUGUGGUCAGAGCUUUCAUGGUCAGACGCCUUUCUGCGAAGGGUCUGCAGUAUUGCAGCUGCACUUCCGCAAUCGAAAUGCUAGCUUCAGUGAGCGCAAUAUUGAAGUGAAGAUGUUUCUGUUCCGUGCGGGUGCCCGCAUAGGUGAACAUUCGUUCCUGAAGACUGCCAUGCUCAUGUGGGUCUCGGAGGUAAUUCAUCGUACCUUCCAGACGAAGGAUGUGAAGCUGAAAGCAGACCAUCUCAAGGUGAUCGAGGUAGAACGAGUUAUGCACUCGGAUCUUUGGGAUGCAUACGUGCAAACCCGCAAGGAAAUUUCUAUGCAGCUUUCAAGGGAAUCGGCAGAGCACUUCCCCCAUGCAUCGACUUCCACUGAGACGAUCGUAGAUCAGUGCAUCCCGAUGCCGCUCGCAAAAGCUGCGAAUGAGCACUGGCUCUUCCAUGGCACAUCUCCCACCAACGUUAUGUCCAUCUUCGAGGAUGGUUUCGAGGAUCACCAUCGGUUGGAGCAUGGAUCAGCUUUUGGCUCGGGGAUUUACUUCACGGAAUGCUCCUCGAAGGCAGACAUGUAUGCGUCUGUAGCGGAGCACACCGAUGUACACGACCAUGGGGGGCUUUGCUGCAUGCUCCUAUGUCGUGUCACGCUUGGCCGUUCUCGGACUUUGAGUUCGGAGUUCCACGUGGACACGGCCAGGCUGAACAAUGAGAUGAAAAGCGGCAGUUUCCACUCGGUACUCGCAGAUCGGGAAAGACUGUUUGCAUCAUACCGCGAGUUCGUGACUCCAGCUUCCCAAACGUAUCCAGAGUUUUUAAUCUGGUACGAGCGGCAGCAGAAGUCGAGCUUUCAGCAGUGGAAGGACCAGCAAUGGGGUGGAAGCCUCUUCUGA